AUACUAUAAGUCUGGGAGUUCUGGGCUUUGCUUUUGGAGAAGGCAAUCAUGUUCUAUGCACAGAGGUCUUCCUGUGUAAAAUGACAAGUACAAGAGAAGCCACUCCAUCUCUUACAUGACACUUAUACUGGAGCUCCCCAUAGUGACGGGCACCUCGUACCAGUCUCAUCCCAGAAACACAGUAGGAAUCAGGGGUAGCCAACCAAAGCUUCUGUUGUGUGUGGGUAGCCAAUCACAGCUCCCCUGCCUUCACACAGGGAAAGAUAUGCUGCAGUCAACUGACAGGUCAACCUAACUGCUGUUUGCUGUGCAAAGUGCUGGCAGCCUUGGAUUCCCCUAUUCAGCCAUGGAAAGCAGCCAGCAGAAGGUACAGAUGUUGGUUGGCUGGCUCAAGUUAGAUUUGGGGGAAUUAUUUAUGAAAGCAGUAAGAAAUGCACAUUUUUAAAGCACAUUCCUUUAGAGGUGUAUAUGUAAUGGCAUGUUGGUGUACUUGACACUACAGGUCCCCUUUAAAACCAAUAGUUUGCACUCAGCUACAUGGCAAAUACCUACGUAAUGAGAGCUAUCAUGUCAAGUUAGGGGAACUUUAGGCAGUUAGUUAGUCGUACCAUUUUCUGUAUCUCACAAAACACUUUAAUAAAAGAAAUAGUGGAUACUAACAAACACAAGCUAUGGGUUUGCACUGGACAUAGGCACCUAACGGUUUUCGCCGGCCCAACCAAUCAGAGUGUGUGCUGGCCCAGCCAAUCAGAGCGCAGCAGAGGUGACUUAGGAGUAACAGACGCUUAGUACCAACAGUCUUAAGAGACAGUUGGAGAGGAGUGAGAGAGAGAGUGAGAGAGAGAGAGAGAUAGCGAAAAAGAGAGAGAUUGUGAGCAUGGAGAUUUCAAAAGCGAGGAAGCGAAGACGACAGAUCAACGAAGAACAACUUUCCCCUGGGUGCUGCCAUGAUCCCAAAAGGGUGAGGCACCAGGGUGAUCAACGAGGGACAUGCCACCCUUCAGCUGGGGACCCAGCACUUCAAAAUGAGCCUUGGAACACCUUAGCUCACAUAGGCAUUGGCCUAGAGACCUUCAAGGAGUAUGGGGAAGACGCCUACAUGUACAACAAAAGCCUUGAAGAGAGAUUUAUGGCUUUGAACUUUCUACAAAGUCAGCCAGAAAUCACUUUGGCGUCAUGGUAUGAGUUCACCAGCCUGCUUGUCUUCAUACACAGACGCCUGAAGUUGGACUUUAGGUCUCUGUGCUUGACUGUCAACCUUCUGGAGCGGUUUCUUGCCCGCACUGCUCCCAUCAAGACCACCGACCUGAACAGAGUAGGAGCCACUUGCUUCAAUAUAGCCUACAAGUUAGUGGACAAACGGCAAUUCAGCCUAUGGAAUUGCCUAAAACUCUUUGAUGCCACCAUUACAAAGAAGGAAAUGAACCAACUGGAGCGAAUCAUCAUUUGCAGAUUGCUUUUUGAACUGUCAGCACCGACCAUCGAUGACUUCUUGGAGCAUUUCACCCUCCGGAGAGUAGCCAGCCAGAAGCCUGUAGCUGCCCAGCAGACAAAAGAAGCCAUUGCCCUGACUGCUGCUAGAGGCAUCGCCGCACUGAGCCUGACCCACCAUCAUGAGUUUUAUACUUAUGCACCCUCCAUGAUGGCUCUGUGCUGCCUGAAAGUAGCCAUAAAAUUCUACCCUUCAGGCAAACCCAUCAACGUGGAUCCCGCUGAAUACCCAGAUCACGUAAUGGAAGAGUGUGUCGGGAAGAUCAUCGCUCUGGUAUCAUCCAGGCAGAGCUUUUUACACAUGCUGCUUCCAGCAGUGUUUCCAAGAAGAACAGCAGAGGAGACAGAGACAAGCGCCUCCCAGAAAGAACCCGAAGGUGGUGAGGCAGAAACAUCCAGGCAGGAACAGGGUUCUGACCCCUUGGAAAUGGCCCAGGGAUCUGGCCUUUCCAUCUAUCAUCAAGGGGUAGGUUUGCAAAACAUGCACCCAUACAUUCCCACAUAUCCAUACUACCACCCUCACAUGCACCCAUACAUUCCUACAUAUCCUUACAACCACCCUUACAGGCACCCAUACAUUCCUACAUAUCCAUACAACCACCCUUACAGGCACCCAUACAUUCCUACAUAUCCGUACGAGAAUUGGUCUGCAUAA